UUCCGCAUGGGGAGAUACACAUAGGCGCCAGUCUCCAGGAACGGAAAUCAUUGACGUUCCACCAACAAGAUAAGCCCGAGCUUCAUCGCUUUCCGAAUUGCACUGCGCUUCACAAAUCGCAACCAAGUUUCCGCCUCCACGGUCACGAUCUCGAAGCAGUUCAGGAUCAUAAAUCGUUUCUGAUUUUGGAUUCGGAUGGGGAAGACAACGAGAAAGUUGGAGGUGGCGUCGCCGGUGCCGGCGGACAUUGACAUAGCCAAUUCGGUGGAGCCACUUCACAUCUCUCAAAUUGCCGAGGAAGUCAAUCUCAAUCCACGACAUUAUGAUCUUUACGGGAAGUACAAGGCUAAGGUUUUGUUAUCUGUGCUUGAUGAGCUUCAAGGAAGUGACGAUGGCUACUAUGUGGUUGUUGGAGGUAUUACUCCAACGCCUCUUGGGGAAGGUAAGUCAACAACUACUGUUGGUCUGUGCCAGGCGUUGGGAGCUUUUCUUGAUAAAAAGGUGGUGACAUGCCUUCGUCAACCAUCACAAGGACCGACAUUUGGGAUCAAGGGGGGUGCUGCAGGUGGAGGAUACAGCCAAGUGAUUCCAAUGGAUGAGUUCAAUCUACACUUAACAGGGGAUAUCCAUGCUAUUACAGCUGCAAACAACCUUCUGGCUGCUGCAAUCGAUACCAGGAUCUUCCAUGAAUCGACCCAAUCUGACAAGGCACUUUUCAAUCGGUUGUGCCCUCCAAACAAAGAAGGUAAAAGGAGCUUCAGCAACAUAAUGUUCAGGCGCUUGAAGAAACUUGGCAUCUCAAAGUCCACGCCGGAAGAGCUUACGCCAGAAGAAGUAAAGAAGUUUGCAAGGCUUGAUAUCGAUCCUGAGUCCAUCACAUGGAGGCGAGUGAUGGAUGUAAAUGACCGAUUCUUGAGGAAAAUUACAGUCGGGCAGGGUCCCGAUGAGAAAGGCAUGAUAAGAGAAACAGGAUUUGAUAUAUCCGUCGCCAGUGAAAUUAUGGCAGUAUUGGCUCUCACCACUUCGCUUUCCGAUAUGAGGGAGAGACUCGGAAAAAUGGUGAUUGGAAACAGCAAAGCCGGCGAUCCUAUAACUGCUGAUGAUCUCGGAGUCGGUGGCGCUUUGACUGUGUUGAUGAAAGAUGCCAUAAACCCGACUCUGAUGCAGACACUUGAGGGCACCCCUGUUCUUGUUCAUGCCGGUCCUUUUGCAAACAUUGCCCAUGGAAACUCAUCUAUUGUUGCAGAUAAAAUCGCCCUGAAGCUCGUGGGACCGGGUGGGUUCGUCGUCACAGAAGCAGGAUUUGGCGCUGAUAUUGGGACCGAAAAGUUUAUGAAUAUUAAGUGCAGAUAUAGUGGUCUAAACCCUCAUUGUGCUGUCAUAGUGGCGACGAUUAGGGCCCUAAAAAUGCACGGUGGAGGGCCUGAGGUUGUGGCCGGGAAGCCCCUCGAUCGCGCUUAUGUGACUGAGAAUGUCUCUCUUGUUGAGGCUGGCUGCAUCAAUCUAGCUCGACACGUGUCGAACACAAAGGCUUACGGCGUAAAUGUUGUCGUGGCUAUCAACAAGUUUGCGACUGAUACUGAAGCUGAACUGAAUGCAGUCAAAAGUGCAGCUUUAUCUGCAGGGGCUUUCGAUGCAGUCAUUUGUAGUCACCAUGCCCAUGGAGGGAAAGGAGCCGUCGACCUUGGGGUUGCAGUUCAAAAGGCCUCUGAGAGUGUUACCCAACCUCUGAAAUUCUUGUAUCCUCUCGAUAUAACCAUCAAGGAGAAGAUCUUCGCCAUAGCCAAGUCGUACGGCGCCGCUGGCGUCGAGUAUUCAGAUCAGGCCGAGAAACAGAUUGAGAUGUAUACGAAACAAGGAUUUUCGGGUCUGCCGAUCUGCAUGGCCAAAACACAAUACUCUUUCUCCCACAAUGCGUCUGAAAAAGGAGCUCCCAGUGGCUUCACUCUACCGAUCAGAGACGUUCGUGCGAGCAUCGGGGCCGGCUUCAUCUACCCUCUAGUCGGGACGAUGAGCACGAUGCCGGGAUUGCCUACUCGGCCGUGCUUCUACGACAUUGACGUCGAUACUUCCACCGGAAAAGUCAUUGGCCUUUCUUGAUAAUAGAAUGGUGUUCUUGCCAUGGCUAAGCUUCAAUCACCAUUGCUGUAGCUUGAAAAUAAAGAAACUGUACUCUACGUAAGUUCAUGGCUUUACUUUCAUGGCGUGAUGAUGAAUUAUUCUUACAGACUGUAAGUAAUUUAUACAUGGCAACUUUCUCUUUUCA